AUGUUCCAAUUACAGCACCAACAUCCUAGAGUGAUCGAUUGGAUACCGUUUCCAUCUCUACGAGACCGGCUGAUCCGUCUGCAUUCGGCAAACCCUCAGAUCGACCAGAUAUUCUGCGAUGUGGUCAGCAGUUAUACGGUUGAAGCCUGUUUGGCAGACUUGGUCUCAGGUGCGCCCAAAACAAAGGUCUAUAUUCGGGUUACGGACAUUGCUAUGGGUGCUGCCGACAUGAAGAAAAAGAUCGAUCCAUAUACUGUACUCCCGGCUCCAGAUGCCACAAGCUUGUUCUCGCUUCCCGAAUGCGCUCAAGCUGCUUUCACACUCCUGAAUAUGGACCACGGAGUUUCGCAGUACAAACUUGAUCCCUCUUUUUUCGGCACCUAUCCAGAACUUUUCGACCCAGGGGAAGAUAUUGUGGCGCAAGGUGCUCCGUUAAGGCCAAAUACUCAGACGCGUUUACCUCCCCCGGGCCGUCUUGAUAAUUUGACAUUUCAGACAUAUCGGAGCUUUAUGGAAUUCCACACGCUUGCCCUUGCACCUCUUCAGACCUCGUCUGGAUUCAUCUAG